UUGGAGCUUGAAUGUAGAUACACAAAUACGGAGACCCGAAAAACCUUUUUGCGCCUGAUUCAUUAGUGAAAUUUUAAUGUGGAAAUGCCAGUGGUUAGUGCUUUCCAGAUUACAUAAUUGACAAAGAGUUAGUGUCUCUCGACCUUUUUGUUCAAUUGAUCAAUCAUAUACAUACAUUUGUUAUCAAAUCAUGCAGUUGUAUUCCCUUGCUGUCUUAUCUGUUGCUCUUUGUUUGCUUCACGCCUCCAGCGGUGAAUCGUCUCCAUCAUUGGAGCAGAUCGACAACGCUAAUCUUCUUCCUCUUGCAGAAAAUGAAGCGGCAGCUAUUGUUGAGGAAGGAGAAGUGGUUUCAACUUCAAAUCCAGAUGCGAGUGUUAACGAACAGCCUGUGGGAGAGGCCAUAGUAGACAGCACAGAUGUUGACAAGAAUGUCUCUGUGUCCAACUCGUCUACCAUCUCGGUCGUGUGUCGACGUUAUGAGAGCGAAGAACCAGUGCCAGUGGAGCUGAUCAAUGGCACCGGGCUUCUAUCAAUCCUAGAAUCUGAGGCGAACGUAACUAGCCGAAGAGUAGCUGGUCGCUGUGUGGGCCUGCUCUUCUAUGCUGGAUGGUGCCCCUUCUCUUGCUUUGCGGCACCUUACUUCAAUGCCCUGCCACGCACUUUCCCAGCUAUCAAGUUUGCUGCCAUCGACUCGAUGAAGCACUACAGCUGGAACACUCAAUUUGGGAUUGUCGGAGUGCCAACGUUUCUCCUGUUCCACAAUGGACGUCCCGUUGCCCGCUUCAAUGAGACUGACUACAAUCUCAAGAUGUUUGCCAAAUUCAUUCAAAAGUGGACAGGAAUUGAGCCUCAGGGAAUGCUGAGUGUAUUUUCAGCAGACUUCAACGGCCCUUUACCGAAUGUUCCAGAACAUGAGAUGGAUCACUGGCUGAUUGUUUCUUGGGUUUUCGUUGCACUUUGCGCUAUUUACUUUGUACUGCAAUCUGCGCUUUGGAGCAAUCUUGUUGAAGGAGUCAAAAACGUUUGGCGAGAAGCUGAUGAAGUCCACGAACAUGCUGACUGACUGAUUCAAAGUGUUAAAUAUAGAGAAGGUUUGUUUUUGCUGUGUUUGAUCGCAUUAUUAUCCAAAUGUUAAGAGCAAAAUUAAAGAACCAUGUGAUCUGUCA